AUGUCAACGAGUGUUCUAACAAAACCCAAACAAGAAAUGACACCCGAAGAAUUGAAACAGCGCGAAGAAGAGGAAUUUCGCACUGGACCACUCUCCUUAUUAACUGAAGCAGUCAAAAACAAUAAUCAAGUCUUGAUUGCCUGCCGAAACAAUCGAAAAUUGUUAGCACGGGUCAAAGCAUUCGAUCGUCACUGUAAUAUGGUCUUAGAAGAUGUCAAAGAAUUAUGGCAAGAAACACCCAAAUCAAGUAAAGCAAAAGCCGCUGCAGCUGCCGCUGGAGAUGGCAAAGGAAGUGUAUUAAAACCUGUUAACAAGGAACGUUACAUAUCGAAAAUGUUCUUACGUGGUGAUAGCGUCAUAUUGGUUCUCAAAAAUCCGAAAGCAUAA